AUGUCUAAAAAUGUAAAAUCAGCCUUGGUUAGCAGCAAGGCUCCUAAGCCAACAACCUUUUCAAAUGAAAGAUCAAGUCAUCAUUCAGUCAAUCCAGACCUUGCGUCCACUUCUCCGACAACUUCAAAAUUUUAUAUUAAUCUCCAAGAUUUGGUCAAUCUUGAAGAGAUUUUAUCAGGCCUUAUCAUAGUUUUCCAGCAAGAUAAAAGUGCUUCUUAUGAAAUUGAAAGAUGGUGAAAAAUUACCGAUGAAAAUUCUAUUGUCCGAAUUGACAACCUUUUUCAAAAAGAAGAAGUCAAAGAAUGCUUAAGAGAAGCUAUUAUACUAGAAGCAGUUGGAGUCUCUUUAUCUGGAUUUUUAGAUUAUUCUGCCUUGGGGAAUGUUGAAACUAAGCUUGCUAUUAAUGACUUGCUUGAGCUGAUUCAUGAGAAUUUUUUAGUAAUAAUUGACAUCGUUUUACACAGGCUUCCGAAUCAUUGUUCCACAAAUUCCUGAGCUGUCACUUUGCAAGCAAUCACUUUUACAAAAAGGAAAAACAAAUGCUCAAAAUAUGAAAAUAUAAAUGUAUUAUUAAGUCAAAAUGAGCUAAUAAAAGGAAAAAUCCAAGAUGUAGCUAAGGAGCACACUAAUCCUGGAGCGAUGACGAGCAGAACUGCGAGAUUUCUUUUGUAUACCACUAUUCAAAUUGUAAAAGACAUUGAAAGUUUCGAAGUUUUAGGUGCAAGAGAGUUAUUAAGAACUGUAAUUAAUGAAUAUUAUGAACCGCCCGCAUUAAACACUACAGAAUCCAUUGACUCUGAUAUCGAGAUCCCAUUAGCUGAAGCUCCUUAUUUGCCUGAAACUGAAGAAGAUAUUUACACACUUGUGCUAGAUUUAGAUGAAACUUUAAUCCACUAUUACGAAGAUGGAGAUGAAGGAGGAUUUUUAAUUCGCCCAGGAUGCCAAGAAUUCCUGGAAGAAGUUUCAAAACUGUAUGAAGUGAUCGUUUUCACAGCUGGACUUCAAGAAUAUGCAGAUUGGGUUCUUGAUCAGAUUGAUCCUCAUAGAUUUAUUUCUUAUAGGCUAUAUAGACAGCACGGAUUGCCAACUGGAAAUUUCUACACAAAAGACCUUUCAAGGCUUGGCAGAAAUAUAGAACGAGUUAUAAUUGUAGACAAUAUGGCAGAAAAUUUUCGAAUGCAGCCUGAUAAUGGGAUUUUAAUUAGAACUUUUAUUGAUGAUAUGACUGACAAUGCAUUGCUGGAACUUCUACCUUUGCUUAAAGGUAACUUAUAAUCAGAAAUCGCUUUGAAAAAAGGCCGUGAUGUAAGAAAAGCUCUCAAAAGCUUCAGAGACCAAAUGAUGAGAGCAAUUGCACGAGGAGACAGCAGCCCUCAUCUCAAUUUGCACUUAGAAGACGAUUUCUAA